UGUCUGUGUAUAUAUAGUGAUGAAUAGGGACGAAGAGGACGAGAGGGGAAUGGCAAGUGGGUGAAAGCUCUAGUUUAUGCGUAGGCAAUUCCAUUCCAUGUGCCCACAAGGAUUGAUGAUUGGAAGACGAAGAAGCUGAAGAAGCAUCUCAAUAUCAAAACUCAAGUUCGUUCGUCUUUCUGUUGCAAACCAUAUUACCCAGAGAAGAAGGUUGAAGCAGAAGAAGGAAGAACAAGAAGAAGGAAGAAGAUGAAGGAGGGGGGCGAGGGGUUUGUGAGGGCGGAUCAGAUUGAUCUCAAGAGCAUAGAUGAACAGCUAGAGAGACACAUGAACAAGGCAUUGACCAUGGAGAAGAACAAGAGGAAAGAGGAAGAUGAUCUUGCUACUAAUAUUGUUAUCAGCCCUAGGGCCAUCAAACCUAAGGCUGGGCCCAUCUUCAGCAAGCAAAGGCAUGACUGGGAGAUUGACCCUUCCAAGCUCAUCAUCAAGUCAGUUAUUGCUCGUGGCACUUUCGGGACCGUCCACCGCGGUGUCUACGACGGCCAAGACGUCGCCGUUAAAUUGCUGGACUGGGGUGAAGAAGGCCAAAGGACAGAAGCUGAAAUUGCUUCACUUAGGGCGGCAUUUAUACAGGAAGUUGCUGUUUGGCAUAAACUUGAUCAUCCCAAUGUCACUAAGUUUAUAGGAGCAACAAUGGGGUCAUCAGAACUACAGGUACAAACUGAGAAUGGGCUAAUCAGCAUGCCAAGCAAUAUCUGUUGUGUUGUUGUGGAGUAUCUUCCUGGGGGUUCACUGAAAUCAUACCUAAUAAAGAAUAGGAGAAGGAAGUUAACUUUCAAGGUGGUCAUCCAGUUUGCACUAGAUCUUGCGAGAGGGCUGAGUUAUCUCCACUCUCAAAAGAUUGUCCAUAGAGAUGUGAAGACAGAGAACAUGUUAUUGGAUAAGUCACGUACAGUUAAAAUUGCUGACUUUGGGGUUGCACGUGUUGAGGCUUCAAAUCCUAAUGACAUGACAGGAGAGACUGGUACUCUUGGUUACAUGGCUCCGGAGGUGUUAAAUGGCAAGCCCUAUAACAGGAAGUGUGAUGUGUACAGUUUUGGCAUCUGUCUAUGGGAGAUAUAUUGUUGUGACAUGCCAUACCCUGACCUAAGUUUUUCAGAGGUUACCACAGCUGUUGUUCGUCAGAAUCUGAGACCAGAGAUCCCAAGAUGUUGCCCAAGUUCUCUAGCAAAUGUAAUGAAGAGAUGCUGGGAUGCCAAUCCUGAAAAGCGACCUGAGAUGGAUGAGUUGGUUUCCUUGCUAGAAGCCAUUGACACAUCAAAAGGUGGAGGCAUGAUCCCCCGCGACCAACAACGAGGUUGUCUUUGUUUCCGAAAGUACAGAGGACCAUGACCUAUAGUUUUUCAACGAACGAUUGGUUGGGUAUAGUGAUUUUCAUGUCCUUAGAAUCAAUCUGUAUCUAUGGCGAGAAAAUAGAAAACGGUUUCCAAGUUUGAGGCAGAAAUAUAUAGUAAACAGGUAUAGGAAGCGCGAGAUCCAUCCCUUUUUUCCUUAGAUUCUUACCCUUUUUCUCCCUUGGUUUGAGCUUGUCCUUGUAGCUAUGUAUGAUCGUUAUCGUAUUGUAAUGUGAUACUCAUCAUUGAGGUGAUUUGCAUUUAGCAGUAUGAUCACUUGUACACUUGAAAACUUUGUAAUAGAGGGAGCCAUUGUGCUAUAUAAAUAGAAAAAUCUGUUGUAAUUU